UGAGCAGAACGGGGCCAGAGGCUGGGUGGCGGGUCCCGGCGACACGCGGCAGCGGCUCGAGGCCGAGCGCCCCGGCUGGAGGAGCCUGAUCGUCCCGGGCUCGGGGACGACUCCCGGAGACUCUCCCGCUUCCCCCCGCGUCCGGGCGGGGGAAGGGGCGCCGGUAUGCGGGUGACCCAGGUGCCCUUCCCAGACAGAGGAGCCUGUUCUUAACUCCUUAGUUGAGUUCUGGCCUGGAUUCCAAGAUCUGAGCCCAGUCUUUGUUUUCCAUGGAUAUGAGCAUUCCCUGAGCGCCCUCUGCUGGAUUUUAGCACUAAGCGCCUGAACCUGUCACGUGAUGACCAUGGUCCAAACUCUACAUCCCAGACCCUCCCCUGGGAACGAAACCUUGUAUGAACAUUAUAAUUAUGUGGGCAAACUAGAAGGCAGACUGAAGGAUGCCCCUGAGGGCAGCACCCUCACUACUGUACUGUUCUUGGUCAUCUGCAGCCUCAUCGUCUUAGAGAACCUGAUGGUUUUGAUUGCCAUCUGGAAAAACAAUAGAUUUCACAACCGCAUGUACUUUUUCAUUGGCAACCUGGCUCUCUGUGACCUGCUGGCCGGCAUCAUGUACAAAGUCAACAUUCUGAUGUCAGGCAAGAGGACGCUGAGCCUGUCCCUGACCGUCUGGUUCCUAAGGGAAGGCAGCAUGUUUGUGGCCCUCGGGGCCUCCACGUGUAGCUUACUAGCCAUUGCUAUUGAGCGGCACUUGACCAUGAUCAAAAUGAGGCCUUAUGAUGCCAACAAGAAGUACCGGGUCUUUCUUCUGAUCGGGAUGUGCUGGCUCAUUGCAUUUUCGCUGGGUGCCUUGCCCAUCCUGGGCUGGAACUGCCUGCACAACCUCCCCGACUGCUCCACCAUCCUGCCCCUCUACUCCAAGAAGUACAUCGCCUUCUGCAUCAGCAUCUUCAUAGCCAUCCUGGUGACCAUCGUCAUCCUGUACGCACGCAUCUACUUCCUGGUGAAGUCCAGCAGCCGCAGGGUGGCCAGCCCCAACAACUCAGAGCGAUCCAUGGCCUUGCUGCGCACGGUGGUGAUCGUGGUGAGUGUCUUCAUUGCCUGCUGGUCCCCACUUUUCAUCCUCUUCCUGGUAGAUGUGGCCUGCAAGGUAAAGGAGUGCCCCAUCCUGUUCAAGGCUCAGUGGUUCAUCGUGCUGGCUGUCCUCAACUCCGCCAUGAACCCCGUCAUCUACACGCUGGCCAGCAAGGAGAUGCGCAGGGCAUUCUUCCGCCUGGUGUGCAACUGCCUUGUCAGGGGCAAGGGGGGCCGUACCUUGCCAGUCCAGUACCCCCUGGAUCCCAGCAGAAGCAAAUCCAGUGGCAGCAACAACAGCAGCCCUGCCCCAAAGAGCAAAGAAGACCUUCCCCAGAUGGUCACCUCCCCCUGCAUAUCUGACAAAGACAAAAGCCUGCAGAAUGGGAUUCUCUGCCAGUGAGGGUGGCACGUUUGACUCCACGUGGUACAAUCCUAUGAAGGGGAGGCACCCAGACCCUCAGCCACAUUCUUAUUUAUUGCCUUCUUCACCCUGUGGGCUCUCAUGGCUCUGAGACCCAUGAGAUCUGUCGUGCUUUCCCAGAGUGAGGCUGUCUCUAAAGGCAGGGCCUGACGACUCGUCAGCCAUUUUCAGUGGAGACAGCACACCAUGUCCGUUCUGGCUCGGUGUCCUGUGAAUGUCCAGAGGAGUUGCUGACAGUGUUGCCUCCCCUCCCCACACUUCAGCUCCACCACUGACCCCUGUUCUUGCCAGAGAGGGGAGGCUGUGGGUUACACAAUAUGUCUAAACAUUGGGUGAUGUUUUGACAACUCGACCUUGUGCACUUCUGUUACAUAGCACCUUUGUUUCUACUGUCUGCCACCGGGGGGUACACAGGACGGUCACUAAACAAGUAAUUCCAGCUUGUCCACCUGAACCGCCAGCUAUAAGGAUAUGGCUGUGAACUAGGUGAACAUGCUGGCCACAGUCUCUCCCAGUUGCCAUAAAAUCUCAUGUGAGGCAGAACUUAAAGACCCCACUUUUUUUUUUUUGCCUCCAGUGUUGAUUGUUGGGGCUUGGUGCCUGCACUAUGAAUCCACUGCUCCUGGAGGACAUUUUUUCCAUUUUAUUGGAUAGGACAGAGAGAAAUCCAGAGAGGAGGGUAAGACAGAGAGGGGGAGAGAAAGAUAGACACCUGUAGGCCUGCUUCACCGCUUGUGAAGUAACGCGCCCCCCCCCACAGCAGGUGGGGAGCCAAGAGAUUUGCUUAAAUGUCUAUUUCAGCUAUCCUUGUCUAGUCCUGAGGUGUUUUUUUUUUCUUAACAAUCAGCUGCCUCUGAUCACGAGGUUGUGCUAUAGACCUGUUGAUUGUCGGAAGUAGAAUCAAGUUCAACGUAAGAUCCAAGAACCGGCUUGUGAACCUCUGUGAAUUCAACAGGAGCUCCCUACCCCAUUCAACAGACCACUACUUCUUGCUUGCAUAGAGUAGUGCAGACUAAAGGAAUGCAUUCUGUGGCCCACAUGUGGCUGGAUGCAAGUUUCCCUUAUUGAGGGUCGUUUUCAAUCAGACCGGAGAAA